AUGAAGUACCGCGGAGUCGUCUACGACGUCGGCCUACGCUUCCAAGAAGCCUCGCUCUCCGUCGAGCCUUUCUCCCCGCAGCUCGUCUCGCACGACAUGCGCGCGAUAGCCACCGACCUGCACGCCAACGCCGUGCGCAUCGAAGGCGAGGACAUCUCGCGCCUCGCCACCGCCGCGCGCGCCGCCCGCGCAGCCGGCCUGACCGUCUUCUUCAACCCGUGGAAGAUGAACGCGGGCGUCGACGAGACCCGCGCGUAUCUCGCUGAAGCGGCGCAGGUGGCCGAGACGCUCAGGACCGAAGAAGGUGGUGGUGGUGGCGUCGAUGAUGAUAUUGUUUUUGUCGCCGGCUGCGAGUACACCAUUUUCAGCAAGGGCGUCUUUCCCGGCGAGUCGUUCAACGAGCGCGUGGCGUGGUUCGGGUCGCAGCUCUCCGGCGGGAGCAUGGCGGCGGAAGACCUUCCCGAGGCCGUACGGGAGAAGGCGCCGAAGCUGAAUGAAGUGUUGCGGUCGUUCGUCGAGGUCGUGCGCGCUAGGUUUGGCGGACCGCUGACGUAUUCGAGCGGGACGUGGGAGCUUGUCGAUUGGGAUAUGUUCGACAUCGUCGGCAUCGACUACUAUCGCCGCGGGGAAACGGAGGAAAAGUACGUCGAGGGGCUCCAGCGGCACAGGUUCGGUGGCAAGCCCCUCGUCGUCAUGGAGGUCGGGUGCUGCGCGUACGAGGGAGCGGCUGCGCGCGGUGACGGUGGCUUCGUUCUUCUCAAGGGAACGAAUCCUGACGGCAGCGGCAUCUUCCAAGACGGCGUCGUGCCGACUCGCAGUGAGAGAGAGCAGGCGGACUAUAUUGGGACGCAGCUGGGCCUGCUCGCCAAUGCGGACGUUCACGCGGUCUUUGUCUAUGUCUUUUCGUUUCCGUGCAUGCGGGCGGGUGAGGGGGCAAAUGAUUUGGACAUGAUGUCCUUUUCGUUGGUCAAGACGUUCCCAGACCAUGAUCCGAGGUCGAAAGCUAUGCCUCCAUGGGCGCCUAAAGAGUCGUUCCACCGGGUCGCUGAGUUCUUCCGGUCUCAUGCCGCGGCCACAGCACUGGAGAAGUGA